GGUCAAUGAAAGGCAAGACAACUGGGAUGUCUAUUUAAAGCCUGUGUUGUUUUCACUGCGAUCAAAAAUCCACACAACAACUAAGGUCACACCAUUCAUGAUGAUGUAUGGGAGGGAGGCAGUGUUUCCCUGUCAGGUUCCUGUUGACCUGCCGCUUUCCAGCAUAAUUCUCCCAGAUGCGAGCACCUACGUACUGGCAGUAGAGGAAAAGAAGAAAGUAAUGGAGCUUAAGAAGGAUGUGGCCACAAAGAAUAUUGCAGUGAGCCAGGACUAUCAGAGGGAGGCUUAUGCCAGGAAAUGCCUAAAAAAAUACAAGAACUGUAUUUACACUGUUGGGGAUGAUGUACUCCUUUUUAACAUGAGGAAACGGGGGAGGAAAGGAGGCAGAAUUGAGCCCGACUUCUCUGGACCUUAUAUAAUCAAGGCUAUAACUGGCAAGCUUGUCACCCUCUCUAGUCCUGAUGGCAGUACUUUAAAAACUAAGUACAGCCUCAGUCACUUAAAGCCGUAUCGAAAGAGCCAGAAAUCUGUGGCUGCACCUAUGCCUGAAGAGAUGGAGUCCUCCUUCCCUGAGCCCCAACGCAAAUGUGAGAUGAUUGAAGAUCUACCCCUUCCACAGAGACCUUCCGUCAUCCAUUUUGCCCCAAAGAGAUGCCUUGAGACCGACAUAAUGAAGAAACAGGAAUCUACAUAUCGAGAUGACAACAUUGGAAACAGAGUUCAAAGGCUGUGGGCUGCCAAAGAUCACGGGCAGGUGGAAGCUGUUGUCGGCCCAUUCAAAUUAUAUGACACGUCCUUUCGAAGCCUGCAUGGGACCAACUGGCUGGCUGAUGAUAUUAUUGAUGCAUACCUUCAUUUGCUUAAUGGAAGAUCACAGAAACCUAUGAAGUUGCUUACCGCUUCUGUAGCAAGUUCAUUGUUUUCUGGUCGAUUUGGGCCCCUCAAAAAGAUGAAGUUUCCAGCUGAAGAUUUCUGGUUGUGCCCUGUAAAUUCUGCCAAUCACUGGAUCUUGGUGAUUGUCAAAAUGUCUGCGAGGGAGCUUGUAGUCAUUGAUCCCCUGGGCAAUGAAGUGUCUUAUAAAAGAAAGCUGCUCAGAAACUGGAGGAACUACUUGAAGAUCGCUGGUGUUGUGCACCAAGAAAAAUGGAUAAUAAACACGAUGCUCCACAACACACAGGAUGACGCCUGGAGCUGUGGCAUUUUGGUGUUGAUGUUUGCAGAGGAGUUUUUGGAGCAUGGCAACAUCAGCCAUGUCCAGACAUCUCCACAGGCUGUUGGCCAGGCACGGUUUGGUGUUGCUUGUGCUCUGCUUCAACACCCAGGGAAUGUUGAAGAUUAUUGUGUCGUGUGCUCUUUGCUGGAAGCAGACUGUGAUAACGACAUGAUAGAAAUGGUGCAGUGUGACACCUGCUUAAGGUGGGCACAUUUGGAAUGUGUACCACAUUUAAACACAACUGGUGGAAAAUAUCGUUGCCCAAAAUGUACAAAAUUGUAAAUAAAAGUCCUGUGUCUGUCUCCAUUGUUCAUACGUCACUGGCCACAAAAUCUUUACAAUUUAAGAUUAAUAAUAAAUGCCAGAGGGGUAUGGAGGGGAAU